AUGUUACCACAAGAAGAAGCAUUGAAUAUUCUUAUUGAAUUUCUUCAUGUACAUGGAUAUAACAAAGUCAAAUGUAUUCCACUUGAGGCAAUAAGAAAAUUAGCUUCCAUUGUACUCAAAGAAAAUGUUUUUGUCUAUGAUAAAAAAAUCUAUAGACAAGUUCUUGGUGGUGCGAUGGGUUCAUCAUUUACAUUAACAUUAGCCAAUAUAUUCAUGUGGAAAUGGGAAAAAGAAUUUGUUCGUCGGCAAGAUAUGACAGGGGAAUUUUAUGGCCGAUAUAUAGAUGAUAUUUUCAUGACAUGGAAUAAAUCGGAAAAAGCCUUGCAAGACAUAUUAGAUGAAGCCAAUACUUGGCAUCCCAAUAUUAAAUUAGAAUAUAAAAUUAGUAGAAGUCUUCCAUUUCUUGAUGUUUUUCUAACAAAUAAUCAUGGUAUUCUAUCAACAUCUGUGUAUCAUAAACCAUCAGCUGAACCUUCUGUUGUACCAUUUAUUUCUGAGCAUCCAUCACAUACAUUCGUCAAUAUUAUAAAAACAGGUCUUACAAGAGCUGUAAGAUAUUCAUCCACAUUUGAAAUAUUUAAUAAUGAACGACUUUAUGUUAAAUUAACCCUAUUAUAUAAUGGAUAUCCAUCAUCAUUGAUUGAGACACAAUUUCGACGAUUUUUCUCUGAAUAUAUAUCUUCAUCUACCUUUUUACCUUAUAUGGAUGAUGAAAAGCAAUUUUUAAUUCUACGUAAUACAUUAUUGAAGCAACCUACCCAUCGUCAAUCACAAGUCUCUAUGAGCGCAACAAAAGCUGAUAUUCAUAAUGAUCAGGCCGAUGGAGUACACACCGUAUUCGAGAAAACAGCUGAUGAAAAAGGCAAACAAAAGCAUGAUUUUCCUGAUAAAUUAAUUGUUCAUUACACACAUGAGAAGCGUUUUCAAUCUACAAAACGUGACAUCCAUCGAGUCUAUGACGAUGUCUUCAGAAACACACCCAAGGCCGACGUUAAACUGAUCGUCGGCAACAAAAAUCGUCGAGACGCUAAAAACGAACUCAUUCGUAAACGACCAAAGCAAUCCACAUUACGGAAUAAACCUAUGAAAAGUAUGUCUAUUCAGAAAAUGCAAAAGACGAUAAAUUAUCCUUCAAUUAUGUGCAUACAUUUUUCAUUCUAA